UGUAGGAUCAGGUCAAAGUCCAACUCUCACGUUCAAGUACGUUGGACAUCACUUCAUGUGAACGACGACGUCAUCCCGAGCCUUACACGAGUAUGCCGUAUCGAAGGAUCAAAGGAUCAACCUGAGGCGUGGAUGAUUAUUAUUCACGAAUCGUAAAUAUAUCAAUACGACGUGCCUGAGGUAGUGUCUAAUAUCUGAUGGAUAAGACCAGCAAUAACCAUCUUCGGAGAAUUCAGUACAAAUGGCAACAUGCACAUGCAUCUAUGGUGCCAAGUACCCAUCUGCCGGCGGAAUAACCUUAUACCAUCGUUAUCCAUAAUUGAUCCUCCUCGCAGGAUUGCCUUUUCCGGCAUCGUAUGAUGGCUUGCAUCCCUGCCUCAGGAGAUAGCUACUCGACUCGUCCGACAGCCUCACCAUUUGUUACACAUUGAUUCAGGCAUCUCUUCCAAAUUCAGUCCUCCGUGUCGGUCGAGUCAUUGGUUUCAGGGAUGGAUAUAACCAGAUCGAUACUCCGUACCUAGGCACCCCCAGAACCUUCCCUAGAUAUCUUUCUAAACUUACCGAGUCCAUUCAAUGGAACUAGAUGCAUCCACACUCCCCUGCAUUGACAGCCGCCGCUCAACAGUUGCCAUUGCCGGCCCAACAACUGUGCUUGUAUACGGAGUACGGAGUACUGUACCCCUUUCUGAGCCGUGGCCGUGGACGCGGUCUGUGGACUUCAGACCACCGCGGGAUUCCUGAUCCCAUGUAAGAGGUAGAUUAUAAUAGCUAGGUACGAAGUACUGCUCUCCCUUUCUUGCAUUGCAUUGCACUCCUUAAAGUUGCGGAGCAUGUGGCUUUGGUUCAGGUCUUUGAAUACAUCUUGUUCUCCCUUUCCUGACGCGUCUCCUAAACUUUUUCGUGUUAUCAAUUCUACAGCCCGUCAGAUCGGCUACUCUGGUCAGAGGAUGAUGCUCGUAGAACACCUAUCUACCCUAAUGGAUUAAAUGGAUAAUGUCAAUAAUGCUACAGAUCUUGGCGGCGACUAAGAUCGCCGAUCGCCGUUGUUAUCGUUGCUGCCUCAACCAUGGUUGCAGAGCCUACACCGGUACUACAACGUCAUAUCUAAAUAUAGAUGAACUGCAUUAUACUGCGUACGCUGUAAAUGGAAAAUAGUGCUCCCUCAACUUGUACAAACAAAGAUUCAAUGUCGAGUCCUCAAUCCCAUCCGGCUCAAGUCACUGCUAUGAAACUGCUUAUUACCGAUUAUUCCGCCCUCUUCACCGUGAUUAUUAUCUCUCUGAUGCGGAUACUUUGUAUUAAGGAUCUUCUCCGAAGUCCGACUAACUCCGGCAAUGCCCAUGUUAAUUCCGUGCUAUCGAUCAUGACUGAUUCAACUCCCGGACUCAGAUCAAAGAAAUUUUCAUGUCUACAGUUAUAGGCUGAACUGGUAUACAGACCAUCCAAUGUUGACACAUCUUCUCAUCGACUUUAUCCUAAAGCCCAUACCAUACACAGACCAAAAGGGAUACUAUUCCCAAGACUAUUACAAUCACAAGAACAAUCCAAUCCACAGUCAAAGAACGACCUGACAACAAACAGUACAUAAAUAGAUCCUGUACAAUGACAAAACACAAUACCAAGUCGGCCUAGGAAUCAAUCUGAGGACCAAACUCCCCUUCCUACCGGGGGGACCAACGACAGGCUUCGAACCCUCUUCCAUCCCGGUUCUAGGAGGAAGUUCUCGCUCGGUGCGGCAGUAAUUCAACUUCUUCGUCUCGCUGUCCCGGACUGCACGAUCCUGGCGACUAGUUCCUGAAACACCACAAGCGUAUCACAAAUGUUCUCGGCGUUCACGGUGUCUUCGAUAGAAGCUCAACAUCAUUAGUCACGGGAAUAAAAUCGGUAACCACGGGCUCUAGAGGCGUUGAUGCGAUCAUCGAUACUGUAGGCGCGGGGAGCACACAGAGACAUGUUUUUGAUGCGUUCGAUCCAAACGGACCCGGGAGGUAUGCUCAGGUUUGGACGGGGGUGAUACCGUAGAAGUAUUCAUCCUUACUGCAUGCUCUUCCUUCAACAAGUUUUUACACGAUUACUCUGUCCAAGGGAAACCAACCACCUAUUCGAUCUAAAUACCUGCCUUAUACAGUGGUCGAGAUUAGCUAUGCACACAUGAUCGGGUCAAGGGACAGCUGCCAAAUCUAUGCAUCUUGGAGGCAUUUUGGGACCUGAUGACUUUACUAUCAUUGUAGCAUGGGCUCUGGGUGUAGUGGUCUUUGCAAUAAAUGCUUCAGGUAAGAUUAAAUCAAUCCAAUGGGGCAGUGUUCGACGCUUGAGGUCCAAUGUCUCCCAGUGAUCCACCAUGGCUUUGGCAAGAGUAUAUGGGACAUCGUUCCAACGGACGACAUCCCGGACAUGUACAACUGCUUCUACACUUUUGCCUAGUGUAUAAAGUCCAAAUAUCCCUGGUAAAAAUAUCCGUUUGUCUAUUCCUCUUGCAAAUCUUUGAGUGGACGGCCUUCUGCUAUAUCAGUUAUACGGUUAUUGCACUCAAUGCCGCAAUAGAAAUCACUUGGAUGUUCUUGGAUAGCUUCCAAUGUAUACCAGUCCAUCUGGCAAUGGACUGAAUGGGAAAAUGAGGAGCAGGGGAGAUCUAUUGACUUUUCUGACGGCCACUUUUGCUCACUACUUUGUCAAUAUCGGUGUUGAUUUGGUGAUUGUCAUUUCUCCUAUCUAAGUCAUGAAACUGCAACUGUCCCCGGUGAGAAAGCUGGGGAAGGUGCCCUAUCACAUUAUUUGAAUAACCACUACAGUGAGUCUUGCACCUCUCGCUCCUUACUUGCCAGGUGACUAUGGCAAUGAUGCCCUUUGUUUCAAUUACUGCUGGAUAUUUCAGAACGUCUUGAGCAGAUACAAAUGAUGCAAACGGAAAACAAUAUCAAUAAGUAUGGGAUCUGACCCAUUCUUGACUGUUGAAAGUAAACAACCUAAGAACCUUUCACAUCCACAAACAAUCCAGUGCGAACAAUCCAGUGCGAACAAUCCAGUGCGAACAAUCCAGUGCGAACAAUCCAGUGCGAA